AUGAACUCGGAUUCGGACUCGGAUGCGUUCGCCGAUUUUGCCUCAAUCAAGGCGAGGUCAGAGAAGAGUGAACCAAGGAAGAAAGAAACCAAGCCAGCCAAGAGAAAAGACGAGGAUGAACGAUCAGUAUCAUCCAGAGUCACCGGAUCAUCUGUGGUGACCAGGCGAACAGCUUCGUCGCAUGGGGCGAGAUCCACACUAUGCGAUGAGGAUUCAGAAGACGAGUCCAAAAUAAAAGAAAAUAAAUACUCGGGGCUAGAAGAGGCGGUCAAUCACGGCGAAAUCUCGGGGGAUGAAGACUCCGCCUCCUACAAUUACACGGCAAUGGGAAGCAGUGUACCAGGAAGCGUAGGAAUCAAGAAGGUGGCGGAGCUGGACGAAGUACUCAAGACGGAGGCGGAAUACAAGAAUAUCUACCGGAAGUACUACCCAUUCCGCGAGAAAUCAGCAGAAAUAUUUCCCAUCGCGACAAAGAAAAACGAGAUCAUGGAGGCCAUCUUUGACAAACCAUCCAGCCGAGUUACGAUUAUCAAGGGCGAAACUGGCUGUGGAAAGACAACCUUAGUGCCAUUAUACAUCCUAGACCAUAUCGCGCAAAAUCGAGACUACCGAAGGUCAAGAAUGUGCAAUAUAUGGGUGACGCAGCCGCGUAGAAUAGCUGCAACCUCCAUCGCCCGACAUGUCUCGCAAACCCGCGAAUGGAGAUGCCGCUCAGAAGUUGGCGGGUUGAUCGGCUACAAAGUCGGCUUAGACAAAUGCGUGAGCAAGGACACCCGAAUCACCUACAUGACCAGUGGAUGUGCCCUACAAAUCGUCCGAACAAACCGAAGCCUGGACAACAUCACGCAUCUCAUCAUCGACGAGGUCCAUGAGCGCGAUAUGGACAUAGAAAUGGUCCUUUUACUCGCAAAGGACGUACUCGAGCGAAACAAAAAUAUCAAAGUCAUAAUCAUGUCGGCGACGGUGGAGACGGGAGUAUACCAAAGAUACUUUCGAAACUUCAGCCCUAUACUGGUGGAUGUCAGGAGCCGCGCAUUUCCAGUUCAGCAGUAUUUCCUCGACGACCUGCGCGACGACAACGCCGAGUCCGUUCGAGGAUUCACCCCGUACAUUGUAGACAGAAGAGCACAAAGAUGUAUUCGUGAGUUCUCCAGCAACGUCGGAGUUGCUGAUCUGAGGGAUGAAUCGAUCAAAACAUUCGUCGGAUUACUGGAGCACAUCGACCUCUACGAGAAAAAGCAAAAGAAGGAAGAAAAGGGAUCAGUUUUGGUCUUCUGUCCUGGACUUGCAGAGAUCAACCGAGUGUUCAGUGCGAUCAAGGCUUAUAAGAAACUCGAUUUCGCCAACAUGGACAUCUACAGAGCACACUCAAUGCUCCCUCGUGAUCAAGCCGAAGAAAAGAAAAUGCUCUCACCCCCUGCUCGAGGACGACGAAAGAUAAUCCUGAGCACGAAUAUUUGUGAGAGCUCGAUCACAAUUCCGGAUGUCGUCUACGUCAUCGACUUUUGCCUCUCGAAAAGAAAGAUCCGAGACAAGCAAACCAACCUCGAGCAGCUGAUUCCAAUUUGGACAUCAGAAGAGAACUCGGACCAACGAUCCGGAAGAGCAGGAAGAACUCAGCCGGGAUUUGCGUUCCGACUGGUUACGAAAAAAUUUAUGAAAGAAGAAAUGAAGCGCGCCGUCACACCAGAGAUCAUGAUCUCUCGCCUUGAGAAUUUCAUUCUCCUGGGGAAAACAUUCUAUCCAAACAUGCGCCCCGAAGACUUCAUUCAAAAGACGUGUGCAAAGCCAAAAGACCUUGAUGUCAACUUUGCCGUGCAGAGCUUGAAGCUACUGGGCGCCUUGACACGAUUUCCGGAGAGCUGCCCAUCAGAGAACGUCUCAGCCGGCGGAUACACUCGAGAUACAAUUUGGCCGAUCAAGGGAGAGGCCGAAGGCGAUGGCGACCUGACGCCGCUUGGACAUCUGAUGACAAUAAUGCCAAUGGAGAUUGAAGUCACAAGGAUGCUUUACUACGCAUACCUCUUCGGCUUCACCUACGAAGGCAUUAUUCUUGCUGCGGGAAUCAGCCAGGAAGGCUUUUGGCUCGAAGACACGAACGUUAAUCUCCAAAAUUCGGAGAAUUUCAAGGCUAAAACCUACUGGGCCUGUGGCUCCCAAUCCGAUCCAAUUGCCAUUAUGAACGCCUUUUUGAAGUGGUAUGGAAAGAUGUCCACAUCGUACUGCAACCUCGACCCAAAUGUUCGUCGAAGAUCAAGGAACAUGCGCCCUCCGAAAUCUUGGCUGAAUUCUAAUGCUCUUUUCGAAACAGUCAAUGAAGAAGUCCAGUGGUGCAAAGAUUUCGGCAUUAAUCAGAAGGCUGUGAGAGAGAUGCACGUGAUGAUUGAUGAAAUAAAAGACCGAAUGGAAUCAUCCGGUUUUCUUAUCGGAAAUCUUUCUGAUGCUGACAUUGCACAGCAGCGCGCCGACAUGAUCGGCAAUUUGAAAUUAGGAAGGUGCCUAUCUAGAAGAACUACAUCACCAGAUCAUAAAAGUGAUCAUUGCCGCUGGCGCCUUCCCGCACAUUUACAAAAUGAAGGAAAAAAUCAUCACAACCUUCAAGAAAUGAAGCUUACGGACAGCCAAAUCCUAAACCCGCUAAACACGAUCCACUUCGUAUGUCCGCCAGAAGUAGAAGCUCGGGCCGUGGCAAAACACAUCAAAUGCCAGUAUCACUCGUCGUGCGGAUAUGUCAAGAAUGUCAUCUGCCACGGGAACAAGAUCUUCAUUGUCUUUGAGGCUGAUAAUACGAACACUCUCUACGACUACCUCGGUCGAGUACAUCGCCAAAUGAUAGAAGUGCAUGAUCGGGAGCUUCGUAAUGCAGGAGAUCCGAACCGAAAAGUAAACAAGGCAGUGGUGCAUGCUUUAAAAAAGGCCCGUGCCAAGCGAAACGGAGUACCUGGACAUGGAAACAAGGAUUUCCAGGAAUUCUACGCAUGUGGAGACUACCUUGAACGAAGAGAAAUCGAAGAGCUGGAGAAAAACUGUGGAAUGCCCGUUGUUCUCGACGAGAAUAACAAUAUCAUCCGUCGAGAGCAGUACUACGCCCAGAAGGAACAGAAGAAGGAAAAUGGUCCAUUCAAAUACAACAGAGAUCAAGUAUAUUCUGUCAAGUUCAUGCAUCAAAACGGAUAUGAACGAGUCUUGACCAAGUCCGACACAGGAGGUGGAAGUGAAUUUCGCGCCAGAGUUACGUGGAACGAUAACCUAGAGACUUUGUGGGUCAUCCAGCAAGGUUACGAAUGGAUCUACGAGAAAAUCCAAGAAGAAAUCGAGAAACACGUCAAAACAAAGAAGAGACGAGAACGACGGGGCGGAGUGGCUCUCAAGAAGCUGCAAUCCGACAUCAAAGAUUAUGAACGAUACCUCGCUCCGCAUCGAGUAGAUGGUCAUUAUGACCUCCAGUACGACCGAUGCGUAGUGCUUCAAGCCGACAUAAAGAAAGGAGGCGACAAGGAAGAACAAGCUUACGUAAGAUUUGUCGACUAUGGUAACAUUGAGUAUGUGCCAAAGAAGGAUCUCCUAGAGAUUCCAAAAACGCCAGAAAUGGAAUUUACCAGGAGUGAGCCGAAUCUUGCUAUGGAAAUCAAAAUUAGAGGAUUUCGUCAGAUACCGGCCGCCCCGAAGAGAUAUCUUCAGCAGCUUGUGGACCGAGACUCAGGAAUUUUGGUCAACGUCUUCAGCACCAAAUCAACGAAGCCAGUCAUCCUCGCCGACGUUUACACGUUGAGCGGAAUCAGUUUUGCUGACUACUAUAUCAAAGAAGGAUUCGGCCGUAGAAUCGACGAUAACUUCUUGGACAUCGAAGCGUCUUGGGAGUGGAGAGGCCGGGAGAAAAUUCAAAAGUCGCUGCCAAAGAAGAAGCCCAACCCUGUUCUUAUUGAAGCCGAAUGCCUCGAAGGUCUGUUCGUUGAAAAGAAAGGGGUCGAGGAGGAGAAGGAACGCAAGAAGGAAGCCGACAAAACAGAGCCCCAGAAGAACAAGAAGAAAACGGACCCAGCGGAUGAUACGAAAAAAAGGAUCAAUGAAGAGGAAUCCAAGGACAGCGGCAACAGCACCCCCGGUCCAGUAGAAACGAAAAGCGACACCACCAAAGAAACACCGACCAAAAAGGAAUUGGGGACUGACAGUGGAAAAGGCUCAACUCCGAUUGCAUCCGAUGGAGCGUCGACGCCCGCUAAGCCGAAAUCCGAAAAGAAAAAGAAUCAAUUCAGAUGGACGAAAGAAGUUCCCGAUCGCCCUAGAAAAAAGCCAGGUGACUACAAGGACGAUAUCGAUGUCGUCGAAUUGGAAGAUAUCGGCGAAAGAAAGACGAGGUUCCAAGAUGGAACAUUGAUGUUCGGCGUAGAAGACACGUUCGAGUUGAAGAGGGAGAAGCUCUGCAUUCGAGAAGGUUACCCAGAUGGGACAACGAGAGUAGAGGGGCCGUUCAGUCCACUGGUGUACGAAGCUAUGCCAGUUUUCGAAUGUGCCCAAGCAUAUAAUAUCAAGACGAAGGCAAGCUCUAUCAACUCUGUGAUCUGUAUCGAGACACCAGAAGAAGCUCGGCAGACAGUUCUUCUUGGGAACAUGGUAGAAAUGCACCGUGACAACAUCCAGCCGAGACUUACAACCCUCUUCUCUGAUAUCCCAGAAUGUUUGUUCUUCCUUCAUGCAUUGUACAGUCCCCUUUAUCAUGUCAGAAGAUCAUGUGACCCUAAAGAUGAUACGGCGAAGAUAGAGAAGCGGGACACAAAUCACUACAUUCAUCCGGGCCGCGAAGGCAAGGAUUUCGAGCCCUAUCCAUUUGUCAGCUACGUCGCUGGAAGUGGUCUUGUUCGACGAGGCAAAACUGAUGAGCACUACGAACGCCUCAAAGAGGCACAUCUACACCAGCUCUUUCCAGAGUACGAUGUCCAGCAGCUCCUGAAGGCGGAAAUUCUAGAGGAAGAUAUCGACAUCAUCAACGAGCUGAGAGAUAACAUCGACUACGCUGCCGGAACAAUGGCGAAGAAAGAUCACCGCUUCAAAAGGAUGAAAGAGAUCGAGCAAUUUCAAAAGAACAAUAGAAGACUUUUGCGGCAAUAUCUCUCGAUUCCCAAGCAAACCAAAUCUCCCGUCUUCAAGAAAUUAUGGGAAAAGAAUCCGAAGAAGCCGAAGGCAUGGCCUUCUUACGAUCGAAUUCUCUACAGGAAAAAGCGAGAAGAGGAGAAAGAAAAGGAACGAAAAAAACAGGAAGAAAUUGAUGCCGCAAAUCAAACUGCCUGGAAACCGACGACGGAAAAUGCAAAGAAGUAA